UCAGGAUCCUUCAAUCUGAGCCCUAAAUCUAUUCUUCCAUAACCUUAAUUUCUACCUACAUUAUCCCCCUUGGGUAUAGUCUUGGUGACAAAUGAAGAGAGAUGAGUUGGGGGGGAAUAAUUAUUCUCAUGAUCCCCAUUAUUUUUGCUGUUUGAUCCAGUGAGGCAAAAAGGUCCAGGUGGUUGAAUGCAACCCAGGAAUGGGGUAAGUAGGGGAAGUGGAAAGUAACGUGAAUAGAGGAAGUGUUUGGUGGUGGUGGUGGCUGCUAUAGGUGUCAGGAAGGGCUGAGGGCAGAGUACAGAUGCAGGGCGGGGGAGGCUUUGGAAGUGGGGCCAUUCUAUAGGGGCUCGUCACAGUGCUAAUUACAGGCAUAGCAUCAGAGCUACCUUUGACAUUUAUAAGUUCAGCUAGGAUUCCUAGGGACUGGGAAGCUAUGGGAUGGUCAUGAGAUCUCUAGGAAGUGGUGAAGGGAGGGAUCUUUGGCUCCUUAUCUUGGGCAAGAAUGUAGGCCUGGGCAGAAAAAGCCAGUUCCACUAUCUAAGGCUCUUUGCUAUUUUUGAUGUGAGCUACAGAAUGAGAUUUAAGAGUGAACUUUCUCCCUGCUCUAAGCCUCUCAUCCCCCUCCCACUAAGACUUUUUUUUUUUUUUAUCACUCCCUGAAAUACCAGGAUUCUCCUCUAGUCCUCAUCUUUAUUUCUUCCCCUCCACUCUUCUGAUUCUGAAUCCAUGGGAUUGUGUGUCUUUAAGUCCAGCAUAGAGCCUAAGGAUAUGACGGUUCAGUUCGACAUCCCUGAGAUUGCCAGUAUCCAACAAAGAAAUUCCAGAUGCAUGGGCAGGAUUCCAAACUUAUCCCCAAUUCUCAUUCCAACACCCCCUCCCUUUCCCAUCAUGCUGGGCGCGACUGUAGCUAGCAGCUCAGGGAUAUUUUUAGACAAGUAGACCUCAUUGUCCAGUGGGGCAGGGUGGGGUGAAGGGAAGGCAGGUGGCUACGUCCAUCACACCGGGGCUUGUAGGGCAGUCAAAAGAAGGGAAGGGGCCAGGCUCCAAAAAUAGCACAGUGAGCUCACACAGCUGCCAGUUCUGGGGAUGAGACAAAGGGGUUUUAAAAGGCGUGGGGGGUGGCUCAAGCUGGUCUUGCUCCAAGCAACACUGCCAUUCUCAGCAUGGACACCUUUGAGCCCAUCAGCCAAGCCAGCUUCAACAAAGGCCCAAGUCCAAUUCCUGAGCUCCAAGACCCAUUCUAUGCAGAACUGCAACGGGCAGAGAGCCUCCAGGAGAAGAGUGUGAAGGAAGCCAAGACCAAAUGCCGGACAAUUGCAUCCCUGCUAACUGCAGCCCCCAACCCCCACUCCAAGGGGGUGCUUAUGUUUAAGAAACGGCGGCAGAGAGCCAAGAAAUACACCCUAGUGAGCUUUGGGGCUGCGGCUGGGACCGGUAACGAGGAGGAGGACGGGGUCCCCCCGACCAGUGAGUCUGAGUUGGACGAAGAGGCCUUCUCCGACGCCCGCAGUCUCACCAAUCAGUCGGACUGGGACAGCCCUUAUCUGGACAUGGAACUGGCCAGGGUGGGUUCCAGCACGGCAGAGGGCCAGAGCCCCGGGCUGAGUGAGGUCUCUGGGAGAGGGGUCCAGCUCUUUGAACAGCAGCGCCAGCGCGCAGACUCCAACACCCAGGAGUUGACUCACAUUGGCCCAGCAGCCGUGCUCAACGGGCAGGGUCCGCAGUCACCACCUCGGGCCCAGAGCGCUCCCCCAGAGGCAGCUGUGCUCCCACCCAGCCCUCUGCUGGCCCCCACAACCAGCCCCAGACCCUUCCUCCCAGGUGGUAGCACCUCCACCCCAGCCGCAAGUGUCUUUAACCGGUCAGCCAGGCCCUUUACCCCGGGCUUACAAGGUCAGCGGCCUGGUACCACUUCGGUCAUUUUCCGUCCCCUAGCACCGAAGAGGGCGAGUGAAAGUGUGGGAGGCCCGAGCCCUGCCCCACCCCCCUUCAUAUCCUCUUCGCAGGGGCCCACCCCGCUACCCAGCUUCACCAUAGGGGGUCCCAGCCAUGUGCCAGCCUCCGGUUCCCCCAGCGCCCCACGCUCCUCGGGCCCUGUGACAGCCACCAGCUCCCUAUACAUCCCAGCCCCCAGUCGGCCCGUUACCCCAGGCGGAGCCCCGGAGUCCCCGGCUCCCCCUAGCGCAGCUGCCAUGACCUCCACCGCUUCUAUCUUCCUGUCGGCGCCUCUGCGACCCUCUGCGCGUCCAGAGGCGCCGACCACAGGCUCUGCGGUCCCCGAGGCCCCCAGCACCAGGGAGCAGCGCAUCUCUGUGCCAGCUGCCCGAACCGGCAUCCUGCAGGAGGCCCGGCGCCGCGGGACGCGGAAGCAGAUGUUCCGGCAGGGAAAGGAGGAGACGAAGAACUCGCCCAACCCCGAGCUUCUCUCGCUGGUGCAGAAUCUGGAUGAGAAACCCCGGGCCGGGGGUGCUGAAUCAGGUCCAGAAGAAGACGCUCUGAGCCUCGGCGCUGAAGCUUGCAACUUCAUGCAGCCACCAGGGGGCAGGAGUUACAAGACCUUGCCUGCACCUAAGACCCCGCCUCCAAUGGCUCCCAAGACUCCACCCCCUAUGACUCCUAAGACUCCACCCCCAGUGGCGCCUAAGCCCUCAUCCCGGGGGCUCCUUGAUGGGCUAGUAAAUGGGGCAGCCCCUUCGGCUGGAAUCUCAGAGCCACCAAGGCUGCAGGGCAGGGGUGGGGAGCUGUUUGCCAAGAGGCAGAGUCGGGCGGACAGGUAUGUGGUGGAAGCUACACCUGGUCCUGGCCUUGGUCCUGGCCUUGGCCUGGGCCCUAAGCCUAGAAGUCCUUCUCCCACCCCCUCCCUACCCCCUUCCUGGAAAUAUUCACCUAACAUCCGUGCCCCACCUCCUAUUGCUUACAAUCCACUGCUCUCACCCUUUUUCCCGCAGGCUGCCCGAACUCCCCCUAGUAAGGCCCAGUCCCAGGGGCCCCGGGCAACCCCCAAGCAGGGCAUCAAGGCUCUGGAUUUCAUGCGGCAUCAGCCCUACCAACUUAAAACUGCCAUGUUCUGUUUUGAUGAGGUUCCCCCAACCCCCGGUCCCACCUCCUUAGGGCCCCCCAAAACAGCUCGAGUCCAGGAGAUCCGCCGAUUUUCUACUCCAGCACCCCAGCCCACUGCAGAGCCCCUGGCCCCUACGGUGCUUGCCCCACGAGCAGCCACUACACUGGAUGAGCCCAUCUGGAGGGCAGAGCUGUCCUCAACCCCUGUUCCUAGCCCAGUUGUUCCUCCAGAGUCUCCUAGAGGCCUUGGGACUUCCCCCAGCUCCUAUGGUUUCCAAGUAGCCAGGCCUCGAUUCUCAGCCACCAGAACAGGAUUGCAGGCUCAUGUGUGGAGGCCUGGGGCAGGGCACCAGUGAGCAGGGCAUAAGUCCCAGGACCAAGGAGAGGUAGAACAUCGAGUUCCUAAAGUUGCUUCUCCUGCCCUUUCCCACGCCGUUGCCCAGUCAUCUGGAGGGUGAAUCUCGUCCUGCCAAAGAUAGUUUUAGAGUUGGAAUCCCAUCCCCAGCUUCCUCCUCACUGCUCUGCUUUUCAACCUAUUAUCUCUACUUAGUUUCUUUGCAUCUCUUCGUCUCUGUUUCCUGGCCUGCAUCUCUGUCUUUAUCUCCCACCUCUCCACCCAUACUCCUCCACAGGUUUCUGUUUCUUUGCAUUUCUGUCUUUCUCUCUGGCCUCAUUUUAUUAUUCAAUAAGAAGCACACAGAGUAGAAGUUAUCCCCGGGACCUCAGUCAAGCAGCUCACCACCAGGCAUACAGCAAUGAGACUGAGCUGACCCGUUUACACUGAGCUAUGCCUUACUGUGCUUUUCCAAGCUUGGUUGGCAUAUAACUAGGUGUGUAUGCAUAUAUGUGUGCAAGUUUGUGAGUGUGUGUGCACGGAUGUGCUCUGCUGUCUGGGGCAAGAGUAAAAGGGAAGUCUAAAUACCCAAUUGGAUUUUCUUCUUGGGUGAUAAAGAGUCAGAUAUUCCCACGUGGAAUCUAGUGGGGAGAAAGAGUUUCACUAGAGAGUAAGUCCUUAAAGACAAGCAUCUGUAGCAAGGAUACAGCAUCUCGUGAAACUAAUGGAGUAUGAGAAGACUGAAGGGCCAGGACAGUUUGUAUGGCCUGUUAAACCAGCUAGACCAGAAAGAGAACAAGAAUUCAUCUAUUCUGCUGCAUUUAGAGUAAGCAACUGGAGAGGCCUGUGCUGAGCAACCCAGAAUCCAAGAAGUGAAAAAAAGAAAGGAAAUUUCCUCUGAGAAUGAAUAAAUCAUUGGCUUCAUGGCUGGCCUCAUGAGCCUGAGACAGAAAGGAGAGCAACGGAACCAGGGUGUGUGGUAGAAACCAGGAGCAGAGCAGACAUGAGUAGAAGUGACAGAUCCACAGAGGGGAUCAUGGUGAGGGAGCGUGCAGCUGGCAGAGUAAAGUUGAGUAACAAGAAAUCACUUGUGUGCGAGAGGGGGACGAAUGUAUUUGUUGGAGUGAAGGGGGAUGAUGGGGGGAGGCAUGGGAGUGUGUGCUGAGUGUUGAAAGAACAGAGUCUGUGCUACCUCCUCUGAGUCUAUCCUUAAGUUUGUCUCUUGCAGCAUCUCAUGACUACCUGGGAAAGGACAGGGAAACACCCAGAGCCCAAACCUGCUUUCAGUCCUAUCUCAUCUCUCAAAAUCCAGCUCUUGUUCAUUUUUAGCUUCAGGGCCUGAUCUCUAAUCCCAGAGGGGUAUGGACUCUCCUCUCACCAAGAUAAUCACCAGCCACAUUUGCUGUUUGAUAUGGACGGUGAUAAUUUCCUUUGCAUAUUGGGUGUGAGUCACAGUACUUUGGUUUGUGCACAACAAUAAAUGUAUGCUCCAUACUGUC